CUUUAGUUUGGUUUUUCAGCACAAUGUCUCAUAACCCUGCUGUUCUCCUCGUCCUCCUCCUGCUCCCGGCUGUCUCGCUGGCUGAGGUCUCCUCCUUCAGGUAUUGUCCGCAGUUCUUUGCUGGAGGAGCUCCUCCAACGAUCCUGAAGGACCCCGGGGACAGUAAUCGCUAUGAGCAGAUCUGCCAGUGUCUCCUGGAUCAGAACGAGAGGCCGGAAUAUUUCUACGCUACGCUGUACGACACCAGGAACAAGAUUCCCGUCUACUCGGCCUACGAGUUCCGCCGGGCGGAGGUGGAGAGGGACGACCGCUGGUAUGUGGAGCCACAGCUGGACGGUGGAACAUCGGAGUGCAUGGGCGGCCUAAACAAGAUCCCGACCGCAAACCGAGGUCUGCGUCAGGCUCUGAACAAAGACUACGAAGGUUCCGGCUACGACAAAGGCCACCUCUUCCCCGUCUACCACACCCACACCGUCAACACCAUGCUGGCCACCUCCACCCUGACCAACGCCGCCCCCCAGGACUCCUCCUUUAACCGCGGCCAGUGGAAAAGCUACGAAAACAACGUGGCGACUCUGCUGCAGAACCAGUGUGAUGAAUCCUACAUCGUAACCGGCGUCGUUCCUGGAAAUCAGCAGAUCGGGGACGGUGUGAGGGUGGCUCAGUAUUACUGGAGCGCCUACUGCUGUUUCGGAGGAGGCAGUGCGCCGCAAUCUGCUGGCUACAUCGGCCCCGACAACAACGGCCGUGUGCAGGAGGUCAGCGUGAAGCAGCUAGAAUCCAUCCUGAGUGACAUGUACAGCUCAGACUUCAGCAUCUUCCAGGGCACAUGCUAAUGCUAAAGCUAAUGCUAAAGCUCCUUCAGGAUUAGAUGACCUGUCUCUCCAAACCAUCAGUGAUCAUCAGGGGAGUUGCCUGGGUAUGGAAAGAUCCGGAUACUCAUUGUAAUAUAUAUAUAUAUAUAUAUAUAUAUAUAUAU